AUGGAGAAUAGUGAUUCUGGGGUGAACGUAGCUGUGCAGCAGGAAGUAAGUGUCGACCAUGGACUAAUGAGCGGGAACGGCAAACACUCGGAAGGGGCUGAAUUGUUCAGUGGACCGCGGCUAGGUGAUCCUUUAAGCGGCGGGCUUUGUCCACAAACGGGGGCUUUUCCCGACGACGCGGGCGAGCCGGGACUAAGUCAGGUAUGCAGUGAAAGUGAAGCUACCCUUGGCGAAGCUACGGUUUCUCAGGCGAACGAGGUGAGUGCACCGAAAGUAACAAAUGACAAUGUGCUACUGCAGUUUUUACAGAAGAUGGAUAAAGAUAAUAAGGAAAGAUUAGAAGCGAUGGAUAGAGAUAAUAAGGAAAGAGAUAGGGAGUAUAAGGCAAGAUUGGAGGCAAAUAAGGAAAGAUUGGAAGCGAUGGAUAGAGAUAAUAAGGAAAGGUUGGAAGCGAUGGAUAGGGAGACUAAGGAAAGAUUGGAAGCGAUGAACAGAGAUAAUAAGGAGAGAGAUAGGGAGACUAAGGAAAGAUUGGAAGCAAAUAAGGAAAGAUUGGAGGCAAUGGAUAAGGGAAAUAAAGAGGCAAUGAGGAAGCUACACACAGUUGUCGACGAGCGUCUGUCCGUAGUUAAUAAUCGGUUAGAUGAGGGGGAGAAGAAUCUGGAUGCAGUGAAGCAAGAAUGUGAUGCCGUGAAAGAAAAAGCCAAUAAUCUGGAGGUACGAAUAAGUGCAAUAGAGAGCGGUAUUACAGAACGUAGGGACGUGUUGCCGGAUGAGCGAAUCAAAGAGAUAGUGGAGGACUUACUUGCAGAUAAACAAGGGGCAUUAGACAGCGUGGAAGCUAAAGUCACCCGGCAGGAAGUGGCGCUAAAUAAACACAGGGAUGAAGUUGUGGAGGCACAUAAAAAUCCAAAUGGAGCUCUGUCGUGA